UGGUUAAUAAUAAAACGUAACAAUAAGUAAUAGAUAUAUAAGGAAUAAGAAGUAUAAAGGAAACAUUGAUUAAUGUUGAAAUGAAACGAGCCGGAACACUCGGAUAUGAGAUGAUGAGAGUCGCUUGAAGAAUAGUGGGACGUAACGACGCGUAAAGAAAAGGAGAGAUGGAACUUAUUGUUACUGUAAUCAUCAUCAUCAUCAUUAUUAUCAUCGCCGGAUAAUUGUUCUAGCUAGAAAAGCCGGGAUAGCGGGUACAAAAGGCGCGGCAAUUGGGAAGGGAGAGGGCUAUUACCCUCGCCUGCGAUCAUUCCCUCUCCGCCCCAUCCCUUCUGUUCCCUUCACAAAGAGAUUAAACGUCACAAAACUACUUGCGCAACGUGGACCAACCGGCGGAGUCUCUCGAGUUCAACUAGCAGCCUGAUUAUCUUGCCAAUAUUAUUCACCAUUUUCUUUAUUUUAGAUGAUAGAAUAAAUUUGCCUUGAAAAAAACUAGAUAAAAGAACGGAAUUAUUGAAGAUUUGUCCGAAAAAGGAUAGAAAAACCGAAUAGAAUUUUUGACAGAUCUAAGCAGCUUACAGCAGCACAAUCAAUGAUUACUCUCUACAAUCAGAAAUAGUCUCAAGAGAGACUAAUAAUUCCACAUUUUACUGUAUUUUCUGGUAUAAUAGGAGAAAUUUGGGAGAUGCACGAUUUUAUUUUAUUUUUAAAAAUUAGACACACAAUUUUUUGAGAUUCAAUCUCUGAUAUCAGAAAUAGCGAUAGAAAUAAAAGAUGACAAUUCUGGAAAGGAUCUUUAGAAAUUUUUGAAACUUAAUUUAUCACAAGAGAUCAAUAUAUACAACAUAUUGUUUUUCGUUACGACCGGACUUGUUUUUCAAGAAAAAUUUCUCAAAGAAAGAGAAUCUCGGAGAAAUUCUCGUCAUUGGAUCUGGAUUUUGAGGAAUGACGAUGUCGGCGACGGUAUCACCGGCGAAACCCGCGCGCGGACGUGGUCCGGCCGAUGGCCGGGCCUUCUUCGAGACGUUGUGGCGAGGCGGCAAUUUUCUGCUGGACCGGCAAAAAGUGUUGAAGCGCUCGCGCAAACGCAAAUUGCACCACGCGCCGACCAAUAACGGUGGCAAGAGGAAGCAACAGCAACUGCUGCAGAUGCAGCGUCAACAUUGCUGUUGCUGCCAGCGCAUUCAGCUGCACCUGCUCGCCGAACGGCGAAGCAACAUGCGCUCCGUCGUCAGCGUACGGGAGACACACCAGAUCGCCGAGGCGCAGCAGGAGAAGAAUGCGAAACUGCGCGAGGCGUUCGGAAUCUCCGAGUUCUUCGUGGAGGGCAGUAGCCUAGACCCGGAGCGGCACGCGCGCGAGGCAGAGGCGCGAGCCGCCGCCGCCACGAGCAAGGUUUACGAGCUGGUGCGCACACCGAGCCCAGCGCCGCCAACGCCGGCACCGGAAGCGAUCGUCACAACGGGCAGCGAAAAGAAGAAGCGGAAGCGUUCCGGCAGCGCGAGCGCGGGCAAGAAGAAGAAGGCCAAGAAGCACAAGCGGGAAAGUUGCAACCCCCGGAAUCGGAGAACCUCUCGGAAACUCCGAAAACGAGCAAAACCAGAUCUUUCAAAAUCCGAGUCUCCCAAAUCUGGCAAGAAGAAAGAAAAAUCGAAAAAGAAGAAGAAGGAGAGGAAGCACAAAAAAGCCGAGGCUACAUCAUCUGACAGCGAUUCCAGCGAGGAUUCCGAUGACAGCAAUUCGUCUGAGGCUGAAUCGAAGAAGAGGAAAAAGAAGAGAAAGAAAAAGCUGAAAGUCGAGGGAAAGGACAAGCAUGAGAAAAAGAAGACUUCAACUAAACGGAAACGCCAGUCAUCCGAAAGCUCUACAGACAGUUCUGUGGAAAGACCGAAAAAAUCGGUGAAAUAUGAAAAAAACAUCACGGUGGACAAAGCAUCGAGGAAUGAAGUUUCCGAGAAUACCGCGUCCUCGCGAGAACCUCUUCCUCCUCGAUCAAUUCGAUCGCCGAAGCGAGAGACAUUAUCACGAACAGCAAUGUCUCGAAACGAAACCCCGCCGCUUCCACCGGCUGUUAGUAAAUCGAAAAAAGAUUCGCCAAAGAAAAGUGUGACAGAGAAACGAGACAAAUCGCCAUUGAAUCAUAACCGGAGUCCUGCUCCAUCAAACAGACGACACAAAUCAUCUUCUAGAAGCAGAGGUGAUAGAAGUGACAGAAAUGAUCGAGAUCGAGAUCGAGAUCGAGAUAGAGAUAGAGAUAGAGAUAGAGACAGAGACAGAGAUAGAGACAGAGGAGCAAGAUCUCCCAGGAGGUAUUCAAGAUCACGGCGUGCGAGUCCGUCUCCUAAACGAAGACGAGGAUAUUCUCGAUCGCCCAGAAGACACAGCAGACAUUCUGUAUCCAGGAGCAGAAGUCGCUCCAAGUAUGAUCGUUAUGGAUCUUCUCGUAGAAGACUGGCUUCUCCACCGAUGAGACGCAGGGAUACAGAUUCUCGCCGAAGAUCGCGAUCGGUAAGACGACAGCAACGUCGGCGAUCUCGGUCACGCUCCACUUUGAGCUAUUCGCCAGUUAGGAAGAAUCCAGAGCGAUACAAGGACAUCUUGGAGGAUCGAAAAUCUCGACGGGAUCAAAAGAAGAAAACAAAGGGCGACAAGACAAAAUCGCGUUCGACAUCGAGAAAUAGAAAAACACAGCAGAUAGCGGUUGCGCCCAGAGUGAGUUUAAGAUCAUCGAGCGAGGAUGAAGCCGAUUUGGCUGAUGACGAGCCCAGUAAACAACAACAGCAGGAGGAAGAUGAAGAGAGAAGGAUUAUAGAAUUGAAUACAUUGAAACGAUUGCAGAGUGGCUUGGCAGCGAAGGCACGAGAAACACUGGAGAAGAAAGUGAUUAGUCCUACAAAGAUCAAGAUUGAGAGACGAGAAGACAACGUGUUGGAUAUUGCUCUACCAAAUGAACCGCCGAAAGCCAUUGCACAGAAUUCAACUAUACCGAUUCGAGAUAGAUCCGGAUCAAAGGAACCAGUUAUACAAUCUUUACCAGUGAUUCCAUCGCCAGUAUCCAGUAGAUCACCCUCGCCGGCUUUACCUCUCACUCGAGAGGAAGCGGCAAUUAAGAUCAGAUCGCCGAGCGAAUCACCACCGCCGUUGCCAUUGCCUCAACAAUCCUUUGACAAAGUUGAUUCUACAUCUCCUGGCAUAAAGACAAAGUCAAAUAAUCAAUUUUCAAGAUCACCAAGUUCCUCUGGCAAAAAGGAUUCGCCAUCGAUUGCAUCCUCGAAGAAAGAUAUCUCAAAGAGAGAGUCAUCCUCUCAUUCUCCCACUAUGGUGAUAUCCAGAGAGGAUAAUGUGAUGAUGAAACUGCGUUCGCCGAGCGAAUCACCACCACCUUUGUUGAACACUUCACUAGCUAGAUUAAAUCGGCGCUCGAGAUCACCAAAGAAGAGCAAAUCGUACUCCAGAUCAGCAUCAAGAUCCUGCACGAGAUCGCCAUCCCUUGUGGAUAAAGCGAGGUCUUCCAGAUCACCAUCCGGGGACAAGAAGUCGCGAUCUCGUUCACGAGGCAAGAAGUCUUCAAUAUCACCUGAGCGACGAUCGACCUCUCGAUCCGCCUCUAGGGCGAAGAAAUUAUCGCCCAAAAUGAAAACGAAACGCUCAUCCCGAUCGAGAUCUUCCUCGGCGGAAUCAAAACGCUCGAGUGCAUCGCGAUCACCUUCGAGGUGUAAGAAGUCUGCAUCACGAUCUAGAAGCAGAAAUCGUUCGUCAUCAAAGAGACGUUCACGCAGUCGUUCUUCCUUGUCAAAAAAAUCCAGAAGCAGAUCAUUGUCAAAAAAGAGAUCACACAGUCGUUCGCUGUCAAAGAAAUCCAAGAGUCGUUCACGAUCGGCAUCGAGGAUAUCCAGGGACAAGGACAAACGCAGUCACAGCAGGAGUAGCUCACGUUCUUCUGUUAGCUCCAGACACAGUCGAGGUAGAAGUUUCUCUAGCUCAUCAAGAUCAUCAAGUAGCGUUUCCAGUCGUUCCUCCCGCUCCACUUCUAGCAGUUCCGCCUCUAGUAGAUCGCGUUCGCCAUCCAUACCUCGGCGUCACGGCUCACCCAGCUUUUUGGAUAGACGACGAAUCACAAGCGCGAGGAAACGUCCGAUCCCGUAUCAUCGACCAACUCCGACACCACCCUCGUCACCGAGUAGCUCUGAAAGCAACAGACACAGCAAUUGGUCCAGUCCUAGUCAUCGAUCCAGUUGUUCUGCGAGUCGUAGUCCGUCUUACACGCGUUGAGAAAGACGCGUGUGAAUUUUCGAUAGGAAUCGUUCCUUCUUCAUACACUAAACUCGGAGCGGCGUGGUUCGAUUCUUUACGACCUGGAGGAAGCUACUAUGUUUCGAUUCCUAUUCUAUAAAUUAUUAAAUUAUUAAUUUAAAUAUAUAUUCAAAGAUAUAUUAAUUUAGAGAAUUAUAUAAUUGUAAAUAUUAAUUUAAAUAUGGAAAUUCAGAUCAUAGAGGGUUGAAGAAUGUUUCAGAGAAAAAGUAUAAUAAUAUCUGUUAAGUUUUCCGAGAGAUUACAAGGGAUAUUCCGAGAUAUGUGAGAACGCGCCAUUAUUUCUUGCGACAUU